UAAAUAUACAAUUAUGAUUUUUUACUAUAUUUAAAGUACACAAACUAUUGUAUUAAUUUACGCUAGUCGUUAUCGUUAUUUAAGUAUACUUUAUAAAUUAAUGCACAUAGUGAUUAAUAAUAAAGAGAACAAGAAUAGACAAUAAUAUAUGAUAGAGUAUUAAGAAAAAGAAGGUAAAGGAAAUUAAAAUAAAAUGGGGUCAUUAAAAAUACAAAUUCAGUUUGGUGGUGGGGCAGAAUUAUUAUUUGAUAAAAUAAAGAAGAGAGAAGUUGAAUUGCCAGUUUUAAAAAAGUAUUUUCCAGAUUGCCAGCAUGAAAAAUGGUUGAUAAAAGAUCUGCUAGUAUGGAUUAAAGACAAUCUACUAAAGGAGAGACCAGAGUUAUUUUUACAAGGUGACUCGGUCAGACCAGGUAUAUUGGUUUUAAUAAAUGAUGCAGAUUGGGAACUUUACGGGGAGUUGGAAUAUGAAUUACAACAAAAUGAUAUUAUUAUGUUCAUAUCUACAUUACAUGGAGGAUAAUUAAAUACAUAUAAGUUUUGAUUUUUA